AUGAACAGAGAGUCUUUCUCGGUCGAUCCCCAACGUAGUGGGCGUGAUCCAUGCAUAGUAAACCAGGAGGAGAUAGAAGAAUUCCUUAAUCUUGUUUUGAUCGAUCCGGUCAUUAGGAAGUUUUUGAAGUUCGAUAAGUGCUACCUGUACGCAGACAAAUACUUACUUGCAAUGACUUUUGUUUACUUCAAGCGAUGCAACUUCGAUCUAAAUGAGUACACCAGGACAAACUUCUUCUGUUGUCUGUAUCUUGCACAUGAUAUCGAAGAAGAUGAUGAGGAUCUAAAAUAUGAGAUAUUUCCCUGGGCAAUCGGACCACACUGGAGGGACCACAUAACACCUUUCCUACACAAAAAGGAAUGUUUAUGGGCAAGAAUGAACUACAGAGCAAUAGUAGGCGCAAAAUGUUGCGAAGAUUUGCUUAAUAUUUUUGCAUGUGAUGAGAUAUCCCAAAGAGUGCGAGAACCUUACCAUGGUGGCGCAAAGAGGACGUAUUUGAAAAGCCCACUAUCUAAUUUGCCUAAAGGGCCAAAAGCAGCACCCAGGUAA